AUGGACAGAAGCAGCAGCCUCCUCCUCCUCCUCUUCCUCCUGGCCUCCUCCUCCUCAGUGAUGGUGAACCUCCGGAGGUUCACUGGAUGUGCCGUCAGAGAGUUCACGUUUGUGGUGAGGAAGCCUGGCUGCAGAGGAGCGCACAUCACCACGGACGCCUGCUGGGGGCGCUGUGAGACCUGGGAGAAGCCCACAUUGGAGCCUCCCUUCCUGGACUCCUUCCAGAGAGUGUGUACGUACAACAGGAGUCGCGUCGUCACGGUGACGCUCCCGAACUGCGACGCCAACGUGGACGAUCGCUACAGCUACGUGAGAGCUCUGAGCUGCGCGUGUGGGACAUGUGACAUCACCACCACCGAGUGUGUGACGUCACCCUGA